UCACUCUGGAGAUGGGUGUCACUUUUGCCAGACACCAGUUGGCCGGGACCUCCCCAGUUUGCCAGGACUGCUGGUCAGUGAUGGAGAGUGGCUCAUUGAGCACUUCCACCAGCUCCCUCAGACCCUCGGGUGGAUCCCACCUGGGCCCAUGGACUUGUUUGUGUCCAGGUGCUGGAGCAGGUCCCUCACCGCUUCCCUCCUUCACCCCAUCCCAAACAACACGCACCACAUCACCCCACGAGUGGCCAGCACAGGCCUGCGAUGGGGAUCCCCAGUGACCUCCCGGGUCCCCAGUGCUGUGAGGUCACAGGCAGGCAGUGAUGUCACAGGGACAGGCGAUGAGGUCACAGAGACCCUCUGGAAGGUAUCCUGGUGCCGCGGGCAGUGCUCCGGCAGUGCUGGCAGUGGCAGCAGCAGCAGCAGUUGCAGCAGAGCCAGUGUCAGUGUCAGCUCCAGUGGCAGCGUCAGAGCCAGUGGCAGCAUCAGCAGCAGAGGCAGGGACAUGGCGCGGGGGCCUGUGACCCCCACGCGCCUCUUCCUCCUCCUCCUCUUCCUCCUGCUCCUUCCAGCCCAAGAGGCCUGGGCUGCUCCAUGGAGGGCACGGGAAUUAGCUGGAGCCGACGGCCACCCGACCUCGGAGACGCGUCUGGUGCAGGAGCCUCAGGGUCACCCCACAGGUCCUCACGGAGCAAAGCAUGAAGCUGAGAGAAGGAAAUCCUCUCACGGGUCGUCGGGCGUCCUGAAGGAGCUGCUGAAGGAGUUGCGGAAGGCAGCACACGGUGAGCACACAGCGCUCUGCACCAGAGGGAUGGGGAGGAGGAGGUUUUGGAUCCCUGUCUGGGGAAGCCGUAGCCUCCACAGAGGCUCCUCAGAGCUGUUCUGGGCAGAUGUUUCACUGAAUUUCACUGAAGGUUUAGAGUUGGAAGGGACCACAGAGAUCAUCCAGUCCAACUCCCCCGAAGACCAUCUCGGGGGGCUUUGCAUUUCUGCUCCCAGUUGUGUCUUCGGUAACUUGGGGGUGGUUCCCCACAUCUUUGGGGGGACUGUGGGCUCUUGUGGGCACGGGUGAACCCCAAAGUGUCCAGUGCUUAAAUUGUUCUCCAUGAAGGACACGUUUGUAGCAGGGACGAGGUGCACCCCCAAAUUCCCCACCUUUGUUUCUAAAUGUCGUUCAUGUAUUUUGAGAAGCGUUGCCUCCAUGUUCCUGAUGAGGAACUGUUCUUUCUAAUUAAACUGACCUCCUUUCUCUCCACAGCGAUGGACGAGAAGGCGCUCCAGGAAGGAGGCGGUUGGGCAGUGCCCGACUCUGAUG